UGCAUCGACUGUUUCUUCCUCGCACAACAAGCUGGUCGAUCGAUCGAGCUUCUGAAGAUGGCGCGGCAACGUACGGUCGCCAUGGCGCUGGUCGUCGGAGUGAUCUUGGCGUCCACGUGGUGUUCAUCACCGGUGACGGUGCAAUCCAUCGGCGUGUGCAACGGCAAGGUCGGCGACAACCUCCCAUCGCGGGCCGAGGUGGUGCGGCUCUACAAGUCCCUGGGAAUCGGCGCCAUGCGCAUCUACGAGCCGGAACCCGAGACGCUCCUGGCUCUCGACGGCACCGAGAUCGAACUCAUCAUGGACGUGGGUGGCGGCUUCGCCGCCAUCGCCUCCGACCCUGCCGCCGCGGCCGGCUGGAUCCGGGACAACGUGCUUGCCUUCCCGGGCGUCCGCAUCAAGUACAUUGCGGCCGGCAACGAGAUCGAGGGUAGCGACACGGACAACAUCGUCCCGGCCAUCAAGAACCUCAACGCCGCGCUCGCUGCGGCCAGCCGCACUGACGUCAAGGUGUCCACGGCGGUCAAGAUGAGCGUGCUGGGGUCCUCCUCGCCGCCCUCCGAGGGCGCGUUCAAGGACCCAUACAUGACGGAGGUGGCCAAGAUGCUCAAGGCCACCGGGGCCCCGCUCCUCGCCAACGUGUACCCCUACUUCGCCAAAAGGGACACCCCGGACAUCGACCUCGGCUUCGCGCUCUUCAAGCAAAGCACCAGCACGGUGAGCGACAGCGGUCUCACCUACACGAACCUCUUCGAUGCCAUGGUCGACGCGGUUUACUCGGCCUUGGAGAAGGCGGGUGCGCCGGACGUGCCCAUUGUGGUCUCGGAGAGCGGAUGGCCGUCGGCCGGCGACGACCUGGCAACAGUCGCUAACGCGCAGGCGUACAACCAGGGGCUCAUCGACCACGUCGGCAAAGGCACGCCCAAGAGGCCUGUGCCGCUGGAGACGUACAUCUUCGCCAUGUUCAACGAGAACCAGAAGGGAGGGGCCGUGACAGAGAAGAGCUUUGGGCUGUUCAACGGCCCUGACAAGACGCCGGUGUACCCUGUAAAGUUCAACAAUUAG